GACAGUGACGGACGUGAUGAAGUUGAUUUUCCGUGUGCUUUGUUUGUAUUUUGCGUUGGUGAUGAUUUAUUGUUCAGUGACGCGUCUAAAUACUAGUUUCUCAUUUUAAACGUUUAACUAAAAAUCCUUUUUAGACAGUUUCACAAUGUUGAAGUUUGAAAUAGUGUCCUCACGAAUAGUGGAGGGUGUAGACAGCGAGAAAAAAUUUGUUGCUUACAUGUUACAAGUCAGGAAGGACGACAAAGAAUCUAAUAUUUACGAUUCCGAUCCUUCCAAUGUGGAGCGCAGAUACACCCAUUUCCUAGAGCUUUAUAAUGGCUUAAAGAAGGAUCACACUGCAUUGUUAAGUAAUAUAUCAUUUCCAAGAAAGAUGCUGGUUGGAAAUUUUGAGCCAAGCUUGAUAUCAACAAGAUGUUUUGCCUUUGAAACAUUAGUCAGAACUGUUGCAAAUAAUUUUAGUUCGAGGGACUCCCCAGCAGUGAUAUCAUUUUUCCAGGACAUUGAGUUAAAUGAGGCCAAGAGACUUAUAGAAGAAAAAAAAUUUGACCAAGCCCUUUCUCUACUAGAAUCAAGUUUCAAAUUAUUAAAUAAGCUUUAUACAGAUAGGUCUCGAGUAGUGCUUAGUGCUCUCUGUCGUAUUGUGGCAUGCGCAGAAGCAAGUGGGGGUGCUCUGGCAGGUCCAGUAGAGCAGUGGGCUCAGCUGGCUCUUAGACGGUACGAGGCUGUCAGUGACUCUGACCUGUUAAUCAUAUACGUUCCUCUAAUACAUGCCUGUAUUUCCAUAUGGGAAACAUUGGGGCGUGAUAAGUCUAAAUUGGUUGAAGAAUUAAACGAUCUUCGUAAACGAGACUUCUCCCUGUGGGACGUGAUCCCUAAGAUCCAGGUCACCAGGUUCCACAUACUGAGCCAGCACCUCACUUGGCCACAGCUCAAUGCAGCAAUCAUCGGUCUACUGUCCCUGCUCUUCUGCUUCUACCUUGAGAUUCGGAAGAGAAAGCUAGACGAUAUGGUGGAAAAAGUGCUGACUGUCAGUCAAGUGACUGACGCAACAAUGGAAAUCGAGAAGGAGAGGCAGGCGGCAGCCAUGAGGGUGUGCGUGGACCUUUUGGACACCUCCGCAGAACACUACGAGCACCUCAUGCUGCUCAGAGAUGAGCUCCGUAAGCGCGAACGCCCAAAGAAGCAACUCCCACCAGCCAUCGAACCGAGCGCUUUGGAAAUAUGACCUCUUUAGGGCAACGACGAACUUUUUGGUUUUUUUUAUCUCCAGUGUUUGUUGUAUGCUUUCGGUGACUAUUUUGAAAUUAAAUUUCUUUUCCACAAGUAAACCU